AUGUCAGAAGUAGUGGUUCUGGCUGCAAGUGCAGCCACCUCUGUUAGUCGAGCUGCCGUAGACGACGGGAAUGGUGCCUUGUCGUUGGUGGAGCUGCUGGUGGAGUUGUCGAGCUCCCUGGCAGUUAACUCUUCUCUGAAGUAUCGUCAUGGGGACCACAGGGCGAUAGGUGUGGAACCAGACGACAAUUGGAGAUCUGCUGCCACCUAUUGUCCCAGAGAAGUGACGGUGGUGCGGAGGAAGCGGCGACGUGAGGUUCUCAAUACCUUUUUUGAUUCCUCUACUGCAUCAAGGACGAAACCUGUGUUCUCCACGUCAUCCGUCGUGUUCCGUCACCAAAUGCGUCAGCUCUUUCAAAAUGCCAAGCAGAAUAUAAGGCAAGUCACGGAAACUCAUGCGGCGUUGCUGGGGCUUCUUUGCAGCGCUGUCGUUCCUGAUAUUGAGUCGGAGGAAGCCUCCCAAGGGGUGACGGUUUCGGCAGAGGUGUCCGAGGCCACUUUGAUGCUCUACAUUAUCCUCCGCACUAGUAUUGCCGCCUCCCCAAACUGGCAGAAACCUCCUGUAAUUCCACGUUGUUGGUUGUCACCUUCUAUCACAGAAAUGAUGGAGCGGUCUUCAGCACUUCAGAAAACAAUGCGGUGGUCCUGCGACGCUGAUCCUGUGGUGGAAGCCGCACUCGGGGUGGAUUAUACUAGGUAUAGUCGCUUCGCAUUCGAGCCGUACAUGUCGUACCAUGUACCGGAGCUUAGGACCUAUCAUACCGGCCCUGCUGGUGCGGCUACGACUAAAUUGUUGGGCGCCACAAAUAAGGCUGAAAGAUAUUUAUUUAUUACUAACACUUCAGACACGGAUGCUGCGUGUGAUGACCCCCAUUACUGGCACACGGAAGAGAAGGAGGAUGUGCGAUGCCUAUUCACUAGAAAACGUUUGAACAAUCUGGAGAGCGAAAGGGGACCGUAUUCGUCACCUCACGCGGCGCAGCGCGAUCCCUCUGUUGUGUAUGCGCCGCUUCAAUUGGGAGGCAAAACCGCGAAGUCAUUUUGUUCCAUCUUCAGGGAGGAAUAUCCGGAGAACUCCCCGUUUUGUUCCCUUCUUUUUGUUGCCCUUCAUCGCGGGAUCGUUGGCCAACAGGAUCCGUACCUACUUCUGCGGCUGGAGAGUGGUGGGAGGGCAUCCUCACCGCUGGGAACGACGUCUUUUUCCAGCAAGCUGUCUUUUUCGCAGUUUGGAGAGACAGCAGAGAGUUCUUCGUCCGCAUUCCCUCUAAGCAUUGGCAUCAGUCCGGAGUUUCUUGGUGCGGCGGCAGGCAAAGACAACGGUGAAGCGAUGCUGGGAAAGGGGGUGAACCGGGCAGCCCUUGAUGAACAAGGAGGAGUAGAGACGAAGGAUACGCAGUGCGUGAGGGGAAUCAUCGCCAUGUUGCAGUGGAGUUGUCAAAGUGGAACUCUUUUUUUGCGGUUGCGGCAGCUGUGCGACGUGUCAGAGCGACCCGAGUGGCGGGCAGCGCUGGGACAGUAUGGGAAAAGUGCCAUUGAGGCACUGCGGUGGCUUCUGUUGUCGCUGCAACGCCUUGUAGCAGAGAUGGGCGAUCGUGCUGGGGGUCCACACUCUGUGUCGUUCAGGGAACUGCUUGUGGCCCAGAAGAGACUCCGGCAUAUUGCAGAGGAUAUCACGGCACUGAGUGAUGUUCUUUUCGUGCAUGCAGGGACGGACUGGGAGGCGUCUCAAGUGUUAAGAGAACUGUCCUCCGCCACGCUUCUAACUUCGCUGUACAGAUAUUACGCACAGAGAACUGUCAACAAUCAAUGGCGUGAUCAACGCUUGACCGUUGCUGGUGUAACAGAUUCUCCUGUGAGAAGACUAGAUAUUAUCGGUGAGUUGUUUCUUGCUGUGUUGCGUCCGCUGCAUCGCAUGAUGGGGGCGUGGCUCUGUGCUGGUGAGCUGAAGGACCCAUACGAUGAGUUUUUUGUGCUGCCCUCGCAUGGCACCACAGCGUGUGGUUUUCUCGUGGACACCUCCGCUCAGCGUCUGCCGGGAUUCAUCUCAUCCGAAACGGCGGAGCGGAUUCUUCACGCAGGGGUGAGUCUUCGUGUACUUCGCGCCGCCGCACGCCACGUUAUUCUCUGCGCCACAAACGAGCAAGCGCGCUUGAGGAGCCAAGCCGAGGAUGUUGACGCCGCUGCUCUUCACCAGGAGCAGAUGAAUGAUGUCAGCGACAUCAAUUGGCUUUUACGGGAUUUUAUGGAGUCGCUGCUGGGUUACCGUUCAUCUUUGAUGUUUGUAGAAAUGCCUGAGGUGAGUCUCCUGACGCAGCAAGGAUCACUCUCGCAUUGGAAGGCCUUUUACGGUGCGUGCAACAAUGUGCUGCUCUCGGUGGGGAGCGAGAUGGAAAGCGAAUCGAAGAAUGACGCCACGUUUGAACCCAUCGGGCUGGUCCAUGUGUUUCCCAUAAACUCUGUGGUGGGAGAUGAUGUGAAGAGAAGCGCCUGCACCGGUGGGGGGGGACUUGUUGGGGGAAAACCAAAAUCCCUUAUGACAAGCUUGUCGCGCCUUUCAAAAGCUACAACAGCGUGGCACGACACUGUUUGUGAGGAGUUGACUCAGUGUGCCAACACCAUGAGUCGAGAGGAGGCGGCAGCCAAGACGAAGGAGCGCGCGGCACUUCGCUUAGCGUACGAGAUUAAAAUAUUGCAGCGCAAUUCGCGGCGAAAGUUGCAGCAGUGGAAGGCGCAGCGUCUUUCCUUAAACAUGGAGAGGGCAGCUGUGCUGUCGAGAUCGGUUGACGAGUUGCUGGAGUUGUACGCCCGCGUUUUGGGUCAACCUUCCACGACGGAGAGGCAAGAAGAGGAAGAGGCUAAAGACGAUGGUCGGCAGACGCCCAUAGGGAGGUUUGUUGCACCACUCACCAAGCUAACGUCCCCGACAAGGGCUGCCGAGAGAAGCGUGACAACCACCCAAGGGAAGGCCACUCUGUCAUUCGCUGCGCCAGUGUUCCUCAAUAAGGAAGAGACACCCUGUGAAACAUUGACAGUUGCAGUGCCUCGAACCACCGUUCCGCCCUUUCGUCGUGGGAGUAGCUCUAUGUGGAUGAGUACCUUGUCGCUCUCGUUGUUCUCGGGGCAAAAAAGUUUUCCUUGGAAGGAGGAACAGCCACGGGAAGAGGCGCCCACCUCGGAAAUGUACGCUGUGGCCCACAUCAACGACGAGGAUUACCUGAUGAAGCGGGCUGGGCCUCAAGUAAGUGACGCAGGCACUAGGGAAGCCAUGCUUGACCAGUUUGAGGCAGCGGAAUCCCGUAUCCAGGGCUACGUUGUGUCGAGUGAGGUAUAUCAGCAGACAUGCAGAGAAGCGGCUAUUAAACUGCUUCAGGACGAGGACAGUAACGGUGACAGGACCACUGAUAAUAACGAGUGUAUCAGGGAACACUGGUGGACAAAUCCGACUGCCGAUGAAGGAAACCUCUUUGGUCCUCAAGGUAUAUCCCUCACAUUAACCGAGGCUUUACAGGCCCCACAUACGCUGACAGAGGAGCACGCAAAGCGUCUGCUACAUUGUUCUUCCUACUAUCUCACACUGAGCAGCUACACCGCAAGUUAUUUGACGCACAAGGCACUACAGGUUAUGCUUUUGGGUCCCUAUGGCACACUUUAUCGCCUGACGCAGCAGUUUCUGGAUGUCUGCCUUAUGCAGAGCGGCCGUGUAGCGGAUCGUAUGACGGGACUGUGGCAACGCCUCACAAAGUCGGCAAUCGAGGAGAACAAUUUUUCUGCUUCAGCUUUCAUGGCCAUGCUCAACGCGGCAUUUGUGGAUGAAUGGGAAUCAUGCGUAUUGCAUGGGCGUGACACACUGCAAGUGCAACUUGCACUGACGGUUCAAAAUGACGCUAACGUGGGGAUUGACGUCUUUUCGGUAGCAAACGAAGAGGAAGAAGGCAGUGGUGCUGGUGGAAGUAUUUUGUUUCAGGACACGGCCUUUCGAAGUCGUACGUUUGACCCUGUCACGACGCAAAUGGUGGAAGAAGCGGGGCAGGAGGAACACAAAGAUGACGCGGAAAAGGGCCAAGUGAGAGAAGAGGCGAUUGCACUUCCAGAUAAUCCGUUUGAUUUCAUCUCCCAACUAACCAUGAUCUACAGCACCCCAUGUGAGGGGUUUUGGCUUUUGCCCAAAAAUGCUGUUGCUGUGUACGGCGAUUUAUUCAGCACGUUACUUUUCUGGACCUCUGUGACGCAACUUGUGACGCGUGUGUGGCGUGUUGGAAUUAAGUCAGGCGUGCCCGAAGCCUUUUUCUUUUGCAACAUCUCUCGCACCGUACUGAGUGCCGUGGCACAAUACAUGUGGUUUCUUAUUGCCGGCUUUGUGCGUGAGUAUCGUCACACGCUGCGCUUUGAAUCCGGUGUUCUCUAUUCGUAUUGCCAGCUGGAACGUUUCACGACGGAUCAUGCGGCAUUUCUCGAGAAGUGCCGCUUUGCCGCAAUGCUUACCCCCGCCUUCGCUCGUGCCCGGCGUCAGGUAUAUGGGAUGGUGCGGCAGCUGGAGGAGGUGGAGCAGUGCCUGUUGCGUGCCAGCGAGGAGAAUGCGACGGAUGCAGCCAUGGCUUGUUCCGUUUCUAUUGAUGGUAGGGACAGCAAAGCAACACAUACGGCGUCAACCCACACUGCAAGUAGUAUCACCACCGCCCUUUCCAGUGAUUUUGGCAGCAAGAGAACUAAGGGCAAGAAGAGGACGAGGGCACCUGGAGGAGAAACUGAAGUGAGCGGCGGCGGUGGCAGUGCAGCCCAUGGUCCCAGAAUUCGAAGGAAGCCAUCACAGUCAUUGGCAUCCACUUCAUCGCCCUCUGACGUCUCGCCUAACUUUCAGCGCAAUUCUUGUGGAAGCUUGAAAGAGCGGCGGCAGCAGUGUCUAGAGGAUGAUGUGGCGCGGCGAGUGGAGGCGCGGCGGCGUUCUGUGCGAGAUCAAGUACGUCGUCGUCUACGCUCCUUUGCAGGACUAACAGAGAUUUUUGUGGAGCAUCUCACUGCUGUGCGGGACAACGCCGCUGAGGAAGCGGAGUCACCGUUCCUCUCGCAGGACGACGACCUUGUGGAGCAGGUGUCACCGCGGAGCGCGACCCGCAAAACCACCAGCACCUCCGCGUUGUCCUCGCUUAUUCGUACUUUGGAGAUGGUGCAAUCCGCCGUUUAUGUCAAAUUAUGA